UGACCAAGAUUUGGCUUACGUCAUGCUUCGGUACCGGGAAAUACAUGAUUUGGUUCAUACUUUGCUUGGUCAACCUACUGACAUGCUUGGUGAAGUCGUUGUUAAAUGGGUUGAAGGUAUACAAACUCUUCUCCCUAUGUGUUUAACUGGUGGUUACUUUGGUUCUCUGCGUCUCGCACCCAAACAAACAGAGCGGUUCGUAGAAAGCCAUCUAGAGUACGCAAUUCAUACUGGCAGAGAAUCUCGUUUUCUAAUGUGUGUUUACUUUGAGGAACAUUGGGAAGAUAACUUGGAAGAUUUCAGGUCAUCCUUAAAUAUUCAGUCGCCGCCACCCCCCAGAAAACUGGAUUGAGAUGUGUUUCGAAGCACUUUCAGUUGUGACUUUGUAAAUAGUGUAGUUCGCUCUGUUUUUCGCCAAGCAACGUUUCAUUACAAAUGUCUUAGAAUUUUUAACUAACGUGAAGUAUAUGUUUGUAGUUAGUUUGCUUUGAAUUUGUGUUGCCACAAGAUAACAUUGUGAUAGCUGAUUAUUUAACCCGAUCUGUUUCGUGGACUUUGGCACUUAAUAAAGCUUUAAUACUGUA